AUGUCGGUGAGCAGCGAGAAGAUGGGGUUCUCCCUGACCCAGGAGAUCCUCAGCCACCUGGUCCUUGCCAACAAGACUGCAGCGUGGGGGACGCUGGGCACCCUCAGGACCUUCCUGAGCUUCAGCGUGGACAAGGACGUGCAGAGGCUGCUGAGGGCCAUCGCAGGCCAAGGGGUGGACCGCGCCGCCAUUGUGGACGUGCUGACCAACCGGAGCCGAGAGCAAAGGCAGCUCAUCGCUCAAGCCUUCCAGGAGCGCACCCAGCAGGACCUGCUGAAGUCCCUGCAGGCGGCGCUCUCGGGCCACCUCGAGAGGAUCGUGGUGGCUCUGCUGCAGCCGGCAGCCCGCGUGGACGCUCAGGACCUGAGGACGGCCCUGAAGGACUCGGGUUCCGCUGAGGACGUGGCGGUGGAGAUCCUGGCCACGCGCACCCCUCCCCAGCUGCAGGAGUGCCUGGCCGCCUACAAACACGAUUUCCACGUGGAGGCAGAGGAGGAUAUUCAAUCCGAGACCAGCGGCACCCUGCGGGACCUGCUCCUGGCCCUGGCCAAGGGGGGCCGAGAGAGCUACUCGGAAAUCAUCGACUAUAACCUGGCAGAGCAGGACGUCCAGGCCCUGAAGCAGGCGGAAGGACCCAGCACAGAAGGAACAUGGGUCCUUAUCCUCACCCAGAGAAAUCCCGAGCACCUCGUCCGAGUGUUUGAUCAGUAUCAGCGGCGCACUGGGCAUGAGUUGGAGCACACCGUCCGGAACCGUUUCCAUGGAGAUGCCCAGACGGCUCUGCUCAGCCUAGCCUCGGUGAUCAGGAACACGGCGCUGUACUUUGCCGAUAAACUUCACCAAGCCCUUCAGGAAACUGAGCCCAAUUACCGAGUCCUGACGCGCAUCCUUAUCUCUAGAAGUGAGACUGACCUCCUGAGCAUCCGAGCCGAGUUCAGAAAGAAGUUUGGGAGGUCCCUCUACUCAUCCCUGCAGGACACCGUGAAAGGGGACUGCCGACCCGCCCUACUGGCCCUGUGCAGGGCCGAAGACCUUUGA